GGACAUCCUGAUCACAGCUACUGCUGGAGGAAACCCAGUGAUGACCAGACAGAUAAUUUAAGCUCUUGGCGAGCGUCGUACUUGAAAUGUUCAGAUUACGGACAAUAUCGCUAUGGUCCUUCGCUGGGAUUUCCAUUCUCUUAAUUGCGUCAUACGUGACGUAUGCCCCUGUAUCGAAGGCCGACGCACAGCUUCGCCCAUUCCCUCAGGAGGUUAAAUGUCCAGAAAGUUUAUCUGACGCAAUAAAUAAAUCUCGUAUUACAACACACGGGGGUGGGAUAUUUUUCCUUGAAACCUCCGAGAGGACAAUCCCGAACUUUCAGGCUAUGUGUGCAGUAGAAUCUGCUGCCAUCACUCACCCAAACACCAAAGUCACUGUUUUCAUGAAAGGAUUAUCUAGCCAGACCCUCCCGCUGCCCCGGAACCUCGGAUUUUCGUUCCUAAGCUGUUUCCACAAUGUUGAAUUUGCACCUUUGAACUUCAAGGAACUUUUUGCCAACACCCCUCUCAGUGGCUGGUACACUGCGGUGGAAAAAAAAGAGCAGUUUUCUGACUUUCCCACCGAUUCUGAUGCCUGCCGGCUGGCUAUCCUCUGGAAGUCAGGAGGCAUCUACUUAGAUACUGAUUUCAUAAUCCUGAAGAACCUAGAAAAUCUCACAAACAUGAUAGGAAUGCAAUCUCUGUAUACGCUAAAUGGCGCUUUCUUAACCUUCCAGGCCCGGCAUCGAUUUAUUAAGUUGUGCAUGGAGGACUUUGUUAACAGAUAUAAUUACUGGUUUUAUGGACAUCAAGGACCUCAGCUCCUGACUCGGGUUUAUAAAUGGUGGUGUUUGAUCCAUAGAUUAAGGGACCGAAAAGAGUGCAGGGGAGUCAGCAUACUCCCUAAAGAAGCCUUUUACCCUGUUGACUGGCAGGACUGGAGGAAACUUUUUGAGACCAUCAGCAGAAAAGACCUUAAAGAGCUACUAAUGAACACAUAUGGCCUCCAUCUCUGGAAUAAGAAGAGCCAGGGAGGGCAACCCAAGGAGGGGUCUAUGAUAGAUCAGUUACAAGCGGAAUUCUGUCCUGAAACAUAUAAACUAAUGAAGAUGUAUCUUUGAAACUGUGAAAAGAAAUCCUCAAACAUCACAAUUCAAAACCAAAUAAGUCAGACUGUUAUCUAACCAUUCAGAAACCCUUAGAAUGUGCUGAAUGUGUGUGGGCAUUUCCUGGAAGCGUCCUGAACACACAUUGUAUUAAUAAUUACAAACUGUAUCUUCUAAAAGGGGAUCACAGAGUAUUUUAUAUUAUCCUACCUAGAUCCUGGAAAAAGAUGGCCUCUCAGAAAGCGAUUGGGAUAGUUAUACUGAGAAAAUGGGUUAUUAAUUAAUGUCAAAUUGCAGCAACAAGUGGUGAUUCUCAGCUGUAGUUACAGCUCUGUAGAGAAGAACCCUGAGAGAUUAUAAAUGAAACCAAGAGGGCUGCACUCACCUGAGCCAUCUUGGUUUCAUUUAUAUAUUUAGGAGUCCAGGCCAACUCCUUGGUUUUGCACCCCUCCCUGUCACAGGUGCCUCAU